AUGAGUAGCAGUCAAAUACGCGCCUGUCUGGAAGAGAUACUAAACUUCAUGCAGCCACAUUGGGAGUUUGUCAACUGUCAUAUGGUUAGCUAUUUGACUGAGAAGCAUUGGCAAAAUUAUGUGCCCGCAGAGAUAAGGAAUGAAGUGGCGGAUGUUGAGAGCGUGCAGCACUGCAUAGAGACAGUAUUUUGGCAAAAUGAUGACAGAGACAACAAAUACAGUGGUGUUAAGCAAUUUGUAGCAAAUUGCGGCAAGUAUUAUUUAGAUAAAAACGUUGGUGUACUAACAACAAUUGAGCAGUUAAAUCAAGCUUUCGGUUUGGUUGCUGAUGAAACAGAAAAUUUGUCGAUAAAAGAGUUUAUGAGCGAGAAAAAGCGACAUGAGGUGGAGAUAACCGCCAAACUGGUCGAUCGCUUAAUACACAGCGUAGCGCGACAAAAUAUUGACACACACAACUACAUUGUUGAUGCGGGCGAUGGCAAAGGCUAUUUAUCAUCGCGGCUCGCCUUACAGUAUGGAUAUCAUGUGCUGGGUAUUGACUUUCAAGAAUUGAACACCGAAAAUGCAUUGGAACGCAAUCGAAAGUUGCAGCGCGUUUGGAACGGCUUAGUAAAGCGCGCCGAAUUACAACAACAAGGCAUAACAUCUCAACGACGUGGCAAAAGUAAAAAUUUGCCACAGUCUGCUGCACCAAUGCCGGAAACUAAAGCAGAUUCAGCAGAAAAUGAGGCGCUCUACAAAACCACUGCCGCUUACAUUACACCUGACUUAAAUAUAGUGCAACUAUUGCAACAACAUUUUACGCAAGCCACCGACACAAGCGCUAUCUGCCUAACCGGCCUACACACUUGCGGCAAUUUAGCCACCACCUGUCUACGGCUCUUCCACGAACAACCACAAUGCAAAUUGAUUUGUAAUAUCGGCUGCUGCUAUCACCUGCUGCAAGAGGAAUACGCUGCACCAGAGUAUUUUGCAAAUGAAACGAUUAGCGCGCGUCAAACAACGCCUGGCUUUCCAAUGAGUCAAUUUCUACGCGACAAACAUUUAACGCUUGGACGCAAUGCACGCAUGUUGGCCACGCAAUCGCUGGAGCGCGUCAUCAGCGAACGUAGCGCCAUGAAUAUUUCACUCUACUACCGUGCGCUGCUAGAAGUUUUGAUUAGUGAGAGCGCUGAAGAAUUGCGCCAAAAGCUGCAAGUCGGCAAAGUGCGUAAAUUUGCGAAUUUCAACGAAUAUGUGGCGCUUUGUUGUAAUAAGUUUGCCACACAAAAUUGUAAUUUUCGCUGGAAUGCAGCUGCUGUGGAACGUGUGCAAGAACAGUUUGCGGCCGAUGCGCAUUACAUGCAUUUAUUCUAUUUGCUACGCAUGUGCUUUGCGCAGGUCAUAGAAAGUUUAAUAUUGCUGGAUCGUUUGUUGUAUUUGAAGGAAAUGGGUUAUGCAGGGAGCCAUUUGGUUGCGGUAUUCGAUGCGGUCAUAUCGCCGCGACGUUUUGGCAUUAUCGCUGUGAAGGACGCGGCUAGUAGUUGACCUUGUGUUGUGUGCGCACAUAAAUGAUGUAUGUAAAUACGCUAAUCCCACUGUAAAACCGCUGCUUUGACAAUUAAAUGUUUAUUACCUUAUGGAAAUUAUAUAUCAUAUAUGUAUAUAUAUACUUUUAUACUUUGUAAAUAAAUGCUAAUUACUCCUGCAAUGGUUUGAUUGAUAUUACAGCAACAGAACGCCAAUGUAUUAUUUAUUACGUGUUGUGUGUAGCGUGCAAAUAGCAGUAAGUCAUUUACAUAUGCACGUACAUAAGUUGCUUAACAAGCGGAUCACAUACACUCAUAUGCAUUUCUUGCCAGUCAUUAAGGGUGCAUGCUGUUUUUAUGACUAGAAUGUCGCACCGGUGAAAUGUGCG